GACGCAUUCAGUGAUUAACUCGAUAACAUUGGACAAGAAGAGAUUGUGGUUAGGAGGGGACGAUAGGCCGCCCAAUUGCGUGAGUCGUACUAUUAGGAGCUGUCUGUGCGGAUGGAUUUUUAACGAGAGAGUCAUUUUACUCUGUUCGGUUGGUAGUGGAAGCAGUGAACAGUGAACACCCUCUCUUCCACUGGAUAUUGGGUGACGUUAGGGUUUCUAGUGAAAUAGACUGGCACAAGGUGAUACGGAUAUCGCACAAAUAAAAUGGCUUCCGGUGUGACGGUAUCGGAUGUGUGUAAAACAACAUAUGAAGAGAUCAAAAAGGAUAAAAAACAUCGAUAUGUAGUAUUUUUUAUCAAGGAUGAGAAACAAAUUGACGUUGAAUACAUAGGUGAUCGCAAUGCGCAAUACGACCAAUUCCUGGAGGAUCUGCAGAAGGCAGGGACUGGUGAAUGUCGGUACGGACUGUUUGACUUUGAGUACACACACCAGUGCCAAGGCACAUCUGAGGCGUCCAAGAAACAGAAGCUUUUCCUGAUGUCCUGGUGCCCCGACACUGCCAAAGUCAAGAAGAAGAUGUUGUACUCCUCCUCUUUUGAUGCCCUCAAGAAGUCCUUGGUUGGUGUUCAGAAGUACAUCCAGGCCACAGACCUGUCGGAAGCGUCCCAGGAGGCUGUGGAAGAGAAGCUGCGUGCCACCGACCGACAGUAGGCCACCUCAGCUCUAGGAAAAAUAACACCAGAGUCGACCACCCGACAAGCAUUUAUUUAUUUAUAUUUAUUAGCAAAAUUUGACGAUCGAAACGAUCGUUCGAGUCGACUAGUCAAGAGAGCUCGGAUACCGAAGUACCGUAUGAAGGUUGACAACUGUGUGAUUUGUGCUUGCUCGUGCUCCUUAUAAUGUUACUCUUACCGCUAUUAUUUUUCCUAGACCGAUUUUGUACUGAUCUAUAAAGAAACAAAUUAAAACAAAAUUACAAUUAUAAUGUUGUGUAGAUGUAUUUUCAUUUUUGAUCAAGGCUGGAUAUAUGCUAUAUAUAUAAUAUAAUUCUUUUCAUUUCUAA